CAAACAAAAACAGGUUUAUUGUACUGAUUUGUUUUUCUUUUUUUUUUCCGGAGAGAGAAAUACCGGAGUAGAGAAGAUUUGAAACCCUAGAAAACGGAAUAAAUUUUGAAGAGGUUUUAGAAGAAAUUCAGUCUAUUCUACUGUUGUGAUUUGAUCUUCUUUAAAGUUCUUGGAUUUGGUUAUUUGUUUUAGUGUUGAUGAAAUUUGAGCUUCUUGAAGGAAACGAAUUCUCGAUUCUCUCUUAUACUUUUGGAGAUUUAACAGGAUUUGAGUGAGUUUAUUGAAAAACUAGAUUUCUCGAGAUUUGAUUGGAUUUCAGCGCAUUGUUUUGAAGAAAUCGUACUACUGUACCUGUAUAAAGAGUAGUCAAGAGAAAGAUUUGGUUUCUGAAUGUUGAAAUUUUGUUAGUACUUUGGUUUAUUAAUGGUAUAAUAAUACUGGAGAGAAAGCUAUGGAUGGACGUGGAGGAUCAUUUGUUGCUGUUAGAAGGAUUACUCAAGAUCAUUCGCAUACUGCUGAGAUUGUGGCAGGAUCAGGGGCAUGGAUUGGAAAAGGUUUUUCAUGUGUUUGUGUCCAAGGUAGCGAUAGCGAUCCUCGCUUGUCAUUUGACUUGACUCCAUCUCAGGAGGAAUGCUUGCAGAAGCUACAAAGACGUAUAGAAGUUAACUAUGAUAAUGCAGAUCCAGAUCACCGGGAAGCCUUGAAGGAAUUAUGGAAUGCAUCCUUCCCUGAAGAAGAACUUAGUGAUUUAGUAUCUGAUCAGUGGAAGGAAAUGGGAUGGCAAGGAAAAGAUCCAGCUACAGAUUUCAGAGGAGGGGGUUUUAUAUCACUGGAAAACUUGCUCUUCUUCGCUAAAAUGUUUCCAAAAUCCUACCAAGAUCUUCUCCAAAAGCAGGAAGGUAAUCGAGCAAUGUGGGAAUACCCCUUUGCGGUAGCUGGAGUAAACAUCACGUUCAUGCUUAUUCAGAUGCUUGAUCUUGAAGCAGUUAAACCACGUACAAUGACUGGGGUUGUAUUCUUGAAGUUACUUGAAGAAAACGACGAUGCCUUCGACAUACUGUACUGCAUAACAUUCAAGUUGAUGGAUCAACAGUGGCUUGCUAUGAAUGCUUCAUACAUGGAUUUCAAUACGGUGAUGAAAUCCACCCAGUAUGAGCUAGAAAAGCAGCUGUUGCUGCUUGAAGAUAUUACACGUAUUGAAGACAUGCCUUACUUCAGUCUCCUACAGUAGAUUCUUAAUCUCAUGAUGUGCUAUAUAGUUUAAAAAGGCAAAAAUACUUGUUGUCCUUGUCUCUCUUUGAUUUUUUUCCGUACUUUUUACAUUUCUGUUUUGUACUUUUAGAUUUGCAACUCUGCGCUCACCAUCUCCAUCUCUAAUUUUGGGAAGUUUCGAUUGGGUUUCUGUAUUACUAUAGCGUCCAGUAUCUCAAAUGUAAAUAUGUUACAAGUUUUUAAGCAUGUAAUCCUCACAAUGGGAAGAGGACUCGAACCAUGAAACAUGAUUCAUUGGAGAAUUGACAUGUAUUCCACUUGA